GAAGUGCAUCACUCGGUCGCUUCCUUCUCUUUCCCCAACUCAACGCAACCCCACUACUUCUUCUUCUUCUUCUUCUUCUUCAUCAUCAUCAUCAUCAUCAUCUUCUUCGGAGCACCCAAAAAUGCAACCUCCUCCGUCUUCCAGAGAGAUUCAGAGCAUGAACUCCCUCCUCGGCUCCUCCGAAAUCUCUCACCACGACCUCCACGCCACCGCCUCCGCCACCAGCGACGACUUCUUCCACCAAAUGAUGCUCUCCGCCGCCCUCCCCCCGUGGCCCGGCCUCACCCCCGCGAACGCGAACGCGAACGGCCCCAUCGACUUGCCCGCCGAGUUGGCGCCGUCCAAGCACGAGGCCUCCGGCGUCGGGUUCCACCGCUUCGACGAGACGGCGGCGAUCCUGGCCUCCAGGCUAAGGAACCACCAGAUCGGCAAUGGCGGCUCGAAGCCGGCGAUGAUGGUGCACCAGCACCAGAUGUUGCUGAUGCCCCACGACGUCGCCGACGGUUCGGGUCAGGGAGGAGGACACGGUGGUGGCUCCGUCCAAGCUCUGUACGAUGGGUUCGCUGGAUCGCUGCACGCGUCGGGUCAGGCUCCGAACCGGACUCAGCUCUUUCACCCUCCUCAGGGAGGUGCAACACAAGCCGCGCCGCCCAAUUUCGCGGCUCAGGCGGUGGCGAGCGCCUCCACCGCCGGCGGCCCGGCCCCGGCCCAGCCGAAGCAGCAGAGGGUGAGGGCUAGGAGAGGCCAAGCCACCGAUCCCCACAGCAUUGCUGAGAGACUCCGCAGAGAACGAAUCGCGGAGAGAAUGAAAGCUCUUCAGGAGCUGGUCCCCGACGCCAACAAGACGGACAAGGCCUCGAUGCUGGAUGAGAUCAUAGACUAUGUGAAGUUCCUGCAGCUCCAAGUCAAGGUGCUGAGCGUGAGUCGGCUGGGCGGUGCGGCCGCGGUGGCUCCUCUCAUGGCGGCUGUGUCCUCCGAGAGAGGAGGUGGCAACUGUGUCCAAGCGGGUGCGAGGCGGAACGGCAGCAGCGGCGGCGAUCAGGCGGCAUCAACCGGCGAUGGCCUGACGGCGGCGGAGCACCAGGUGGCCAAGCUCAUGGAGGAGGACAUGGGCUCUGCCAUGCAGUAUCUGCAGGGCAAGGGGCUCUGCCUCAUGCCCAUAUCCCUCGCCACCGCCAUAUCCGCCACCACGUCUCAUGGGUCGAGGAACGCCGCGGUCAGCGGCAGCUCCCAUUCCCACGUCCCGGCCCUCGCGCCCAACGGCGAGGGACCCGCCUCUCCCAGCGUGUCGGUCUUGACUGUCCAGUCGGCAACCCUCGGCAAUGGCCCUGGCCUCGAUGGCGGGUCCGGCAGAGAUGCCGCCUCCGUCUCCAAGCCGUGAUGACCCGCCGUUUCGAUGGAUUUGGUGGCGCGGAAAACCCGGGGUGAAUAAUGGCCAGAAAGGUGCCUAACGAUGUGGAAUCAGCGGGCCAUCCUAAGUCUUGAACCGAAAGUGCCAAUACGACAUCGCGGUAGCGACGUUUUGGGGGAAAGCUAACUUUAACAGAAAGUGCCGACCACAACAGCCACAGCUACAGACGAGGAGGAAGAUGAGAUUGAACCAAAUUCAGCGAACCUACUUUUGU